AUGGCAAGGAGGAAGACGAAGCCAAGGAAUGCUACGACACUAGUGACUAGAGGUACCAGGAAACGAGGGCCGAAUUCAUCUGAUAAGGUUCUUAAGGCUAAAGCAAUGGACGAGAUUCUGGGAGUGGAAGCAAUCGAGUUUGAUGCAGAUGAUAAGACUGAUGAGGAGGGGGAGUUAGGGGUUGGGGGUUCGAAAGUUUUGGAAGGGGUCAAAAUCGAACUGGAUGAUAUUGAAGAUGAAAUUGCUUACUGGAACUCGGCUUUGGUUUGUUAUGUGUUAGGGGAAAAUCCUGCUCUAAGUGUCUUUGAAGGAUUUACUAAGAGGGUUUGGAAAGACAAAGGAGUUGAUAAAAUUGGAGUUCUGGCAAAAAGAGUGUUCAUUAUUCGUUUUGAGGCUCAAAGCACUAAAUAUAAUAUCUUGAAUGGAGGCUAUAUGUUCUUUGAUAGGAAACCGGUUGUGAUGAAGCCCUGGGACGCUUAUACUGAUUACAAGAGAAAAGAGGCGAGCUCAGUACCUAUUUGGCUGCAACUUCAUGGAUUAGAUCUAAAAUACUGGGGGAAAAAAGCUCUGUUUAAAAUUCUAGGGCAGCAGGAAAUUCACUUAACAGUGCACUAUGAAUGGCUUCCUAUAACUUGUAGGAAAUGUUCGGGCAUGGGACAUUUAGUAGAUAUCUGUACAAAAGAAGAAGAAGUUAGACAGAAGUGGGUGGUCAAAAAGAAAGUAGAAGGGGCGGUUCCUUUGGAGGAUUUUCAAAAGAAGGACAAGGAAGGAUUUCUUCCCGUUACAAAGGGCAGGAAGGUGAUACCAGAGGUGGUUAGAGAUACCAAGUUGACUAAUAGUUUUCAGAUUCUGGAGGAAACAAGAGCUAGCUUGGCUGGGCAAGUGGAUAUUAAACACCAGGGAGGGGGAGAUCCUCCUUGUGGAAAUGGAUAG